AGAAGAGCGCGUUACACUUUAAUGAGCACCACGAAUUUCUCGGCACAGGUGCCGACCAAUUGUCAUUACGGCUUUGUUGUUAUCGCCACUUGUGCGAUUACGAAACCGACGCUGCCUCUAGCCGGCCGAUGUUCAUUUGAGAUGACGAAAAGUUGUGCAGUCUGUGCUGCAGUUUUCGAAGGACGCUUGUGUCGCGGAGCCCUGCAGGACCGCUAGGUUCGAUGUGGAAUGGUGUCGCUUUGGUCACCCCGUCUGCGUCGUCGCAUUGACAACCACGAGCUUACAGCCAAGCGAGUGUGCCGCUCUUGAUCGUCAGUGACCGCUCAUCCUCGCUGUCAGCCCGUGCCUACCAUGGACGGUACAAGCGCAGCAGUGGGCGAAGCGCGAACUCCGAAGGCGGUGCGCGCUUCGGCCGAAGCGGCCUCCGCCGCAGCCGCCAACCGUGCGAAGAAGGCGCGCCACACGUACUGUGCUGCGCCGAACUGCGAGUGCAGCAAGACCCGGCACCGGCAGGAGCACGACGGCCGCCGGUGCUCGCUGUUCGGCAUGCCGCGCGACGAGCAGAUGUUCCGGCGCUGGCAGCGGUACAUGCCACCGCGCGCCGGCGGAAAGCGGCUCACGCCGCAGUCGGCACUGUGCGAGCGCCACUUCGACCCGCAGUUUGUCCUGCGCUACUACGAGCACACCAUCAACGGGGAGGUCGUGCGCAUCAUGCGCGGCAAGCCGUCGCUCACGCCGGACGCGGUGCCCACCAUGUUCCCGGACUCGCCCUCGUAUUACACGCGCCAUGUGCCCAGACGUCGUAAGCCGGUGCAGAGGGUAGCCCUGCCUCCGCUCAAGCCCAAGCGAACGUCGGCGACGACCUCUUCCGCCAAGACUUCUUCGGCAGACGUCGCCGCUGUAGGCGAUUCGUCCGAGGUCGAAGCCGCGGUGGCGCAGGUGCCCGCGACCAGCGACGCCGAUCCGGCCGUCGUCAAGUGCGAGGUUACGCCAGGACUAGUCUUGCCUGCGCCCAAACCGAAGCGAACGUCGGCGACGACCUCUUCCACCAAGAUUUCUUCGCCGGACGUCGCCGCUGUAGGCGACGCGUCUGAGGUCGAAGCCACGGUGACGCAGGUGCCCGCGACCAGCGAUGCCGAACCGGUCGUCAAGUGCGAGGUUACGCCGGCGUUCCCGUACAAGGACCUACCUCUGCCGUCGGGCCAGUGGGCGUGCCACGUGAUCAGCGAGAAGCCGCUGGUGAUAGCGUACAGCACGUGCCGCAUCUCGAACGAUGAGCCGGGUCGCCUGGUCACCGAAAAGCUGGUGCUAGUUCGCGAGCACGAAGACCACGCCGAGUGUCACGUUUACCUGGAGGGUCGCCGGCUGUCCAGCUUCGAGGGUGCUGGUGGCACCGACUACCCGGAAACGCUGCUGCAAAGGCUCGACAGUAUCGAGCGAUGUCCCGGACUCGGGCGGCCCGAGGAGUUCCACUUAGCCGAGCACCUCCCACCCUACGUGGAGAUGCGGGAAUCCCGCCUGCACAGCAUCUAUUGUUCCGGCAUGAGCACCACCCGCACAGGCCUGUCGGAGAAGUGCCAGCAUGCCAGGAGCCUGCUGCGCAAAAAGCGGGCACGGCUGGAACGCAAGAUGAGAAUGCCAGACCAUCCACCAGUUAGGGAAGUUGUAAUGUCUACAGAGCCACCGACGCCGCCUCUUAUGCCUGCAGAUUUCGCCGGUGCAUCAAAUGGGGAAAGUGUGGAAAGGGAAUUCAAAGCCGAUGUACAAGGCAAUGUACCUACUGUGGAACUUGUUCUCGACGAGACUGAAAAUGGUCCGGUGGAGACUGGCCUUGGUGAGAGUGAAUGUACUCCUGUGCUUGAAGUUGAAGACGAGACGGCAGUGCCUUACCAUGUAGUCAUUUCGGGACAAGUGCCAAUUUAUGUACAGUGAUCUGGAUGGGCCUUAGCAAACAGAAAAAGUACAGAAGCAGUUAAAAACAACAAUAAAUGUUGACAUUUUUCUUGGA